AUGGGACGGAGCCAGGACACUCUGAACAGUGUCCAGACGUCGUCAGAGAAGAGUGAGAGAGGAGGAGGUGCAGAGGAGCAGAGUGAGGGAGGAGGAGGUGCAGAGGAGCAGAGUGAGGGAGUAGGAGACAGCGCCCCCUGCAGUGCAGCCGUGGACCAGUGGGAGGUGAUCGUGGAGCGCGCCUGUCUCCUCCUGCUGCAGACUCUGACUGGUCUGCACAGACUGCAGCGCCUCCUCUGGAGACUCAUGGAACUGCACAGCCUCAAGAUUGUGUCAUCUGGGAUCAUCUGGGUCUCUCUGCAGGAGGUGUCUCUGAUGAACAUUCUCUUCCUGGUCCUCUGGGUCGUAGCGCUCCCGUUUCCACGGUUACGGCCGGUGGCGUCCAGUGUGUCUGCGGUUCACGCCUGCAUCGUGGUCGUCUGUAAAAUGUUCUACCAACUCAAGGUCAUCAGGCCCCAGGACUACUCCUCCAACUGCACUGAGGUACGGGACCUCACUGAGGUACGGGACCUCACUGACGUACGGGACUAUACUGAGGUACAGGACCUCACUGCGGAACGGGACUAUACUGAGGUACGGGACUAUACUGAGGUACGGGACCUCACUGAGAGGUACGGGACUAUACUGAGGUACGGGACCUCACUGCGGAACGGGACUAUACUGAGGUACGGGACCUCAGAGGUACGGGACUAUACGGAGGUGCGGGACCUCAGAGUCCAGUCUGUGGACCAGGUGGACUCCCUGUCCAGUCUGUGGUCCAGGUGGACUCCCAGUCCAAUCUGUGGUCCAGGUGGACUCCCAGUCCAGUCUGUGGUCCAGGUGGACUCCCAGUCCAGUCUGGGGUCCAGGUGGACUCCCAGUCCAAUCUGUGGUCCAGGUGGACUCCCAGUCCAAUCUGUGGUCCAGGUGGACUCCCAGUCCAGUCUGUGGUCCAGGUGGACUCCCAGUCCAGUCUGUGGUCCAAGUGGACUCCCAGUCCAGUCUGUGGUCCAGGUGGACUCCCAGUCCAGUUUGUGGUCCAGGUGGACUCCCAGUCCAAUCUGUGGUCCAGGUGGACUCCCAGUCCAGUCUGUGGUCCAGGUGGACUCCCAGUCCAGUCUGUGGUCCAAGUGGACUCCCAGUCCAGUCUGUGGUCCAGGUGGACUCCCAGUCCAGUCUGUGGUCCAAGUGGACUCCCAGUCCAGUCUGUGGUCCAGGUGGACUCCCAGUCCAGUCUGUGGUCCAGGUGGACUCCCAGCUCUGCUGCAGUCCAAUUCCUCCUUCAGUGAGGAGCUCAUGAGGAGGUCACUCCUGUUUGUGGAACCAGUGGAUCCAGUGUUCUGGUGCGGAGCCCUGAAGAAGUGUGAGGGACGCAUCCUGCCCUGUCUCAGAAACCACCUGAUGAUCCUGGGGCUGCUGGUGUUCGAGGCCACCGUCCAUCGCCAUCAGCUGUACUUCCGUCUCCAUAACAACCUCAAAGCUCCGCCCUUCUCCAUCCUGUUCCAGGGCAUCACCCGACAGCACCUGGACCUGGGCCUGGUCCCCUGCAUCCAGUACUUCAUCAACUUCUUCUACUACAAGUUUGGACUCGAGGUUUGA